AUGGCCGUGGCGGGUUCCAACCAGUACCCCUUCCUCCUGGAGGCCACCGACAACCCGGGUGCGCUCAUCAAAGACAUCCGCGAGAACGGCAUGAAGGUGGGGUUGGCGAUAAAACCUGCGACUACAGUUGAACAGUUGGCUCCCUGGGCCAAUCAGAUUGACAUGGCUUUGGUGAUGACAGUAGAACCUGGAUUUGGAGGGCAGAAAUUUAUGGAAGAAAUGAUGCCAAAGGUUCAGUGGCUGAGGACCCAGUUUCCCUCGCUGGAUAUCGAAGUGGAUGGUGGAGUGGGGCCUGACACCAUCCAUAAAUGUGCAGAGGCAGGUGCAAACAUGAUCGUCUCUGGCAGCGCCAUUAUGAAGAGCGCAGACCCCAGGUCUGUGAUCAACCUCCUCAGAAACGUGUGCUCAGAGGCUGCUCAGAAGCGGUGCCUGGACCGAUGA